AUGGCUUUUACAGACGAUGCAGUUAAGGCCAAGCUCUCAGCUCUGAAUGACUCGCAGGAGAGCAUUGUGACUGUCGCGCAGUGGGUCAUGUUCCACAGACGCCAUGCGGAACGCACUGGCCAAAUCUGGCUUCAGAAGAUUCGUGACUCUCCACCUCCCAAGCGACUCAACCUGAUCUACCUGGCCAAUGAGGUGGCUCAGCAGUCCAAAGUCCGCGGAAAAGAUGAUUUCCUCAUCGCAUUUUCCCCUAUUAUUGUCGAUGCUACGUCAGCGGCUUAUAAGGGCUCGACAGUUGAUUACCAACAAAGGAUCCGGCGGGUCGUGGAGGUUUGGAGGCAGCGCAAUGUGUUCGAUGGAGCUAUAUUGGAUGCUGUGGAAGCUCGGAUAGACGAACUCGACAAAGCUCGCUCCACCACCAAGAAGCAAUCUCUCGGAGGUUCCUUUUUCAAGGACACUUCCUCGGGAUCCACGCCGACUGAGCUGCAGCCACUGGUCCCAUUGCAGGUUGCUCUCAGCAAAGCCGUCAUCAAGUCCAACAGCUCCUCCACAACCGCUACUUCGGAGUUUGACAAGCUUCAUGACCCUAAUGCCCCGAAGCCUACACUCCCCGUUCACGCUGCACGUCUUAGUUCACUUCUCAAGACGCUCGCCAACGCAGAGAACUCCGUUUCUGAGGUAAUCAAAUCACGCCGCGAGCUGAUCGAUGGACUUGAGAAGAUUCUGCAGACAAACCGUGCAGAACUAUCCAAGGAGGAAGCACUCGGUGCAGAGUUCUCCCAGAAAAAGGCCUCUGUCGAUAACAAGAAGCGCGAGGUCGAAGAUGCGAUUAUGCGUGGUCUGCCUAGUGAAGAAUCGUCUACAUAUCCCAGCGACAAUAUUGGACAUGGCGACCCGGCCGGCCGCCCAGAAAUUGAAGCCUUGACUCCUCCCCCAGUGGAGGCUAUCACGCCCGUCGGUUCCCCACAGCCAGAAAAGCAACAGCUCCGGCACGGCCCUUUCACUGAAGAGGCAGAUGAUGACACCGCAGAUUGGAGCCAAAUGAACAUCCCGGGCAUUCAGCAGCCAGGCAAUGUAGCUUCCGUCUCUGAUGGAACCGCUGCUGUUCUCCCCGGGUAUGGCAAUGACUUCCAUGUCACCGCUAAUGGCCAUGCGAAGAGGCGCAAGAUCUCGCAUGGCGAGGAGGACUAUGCGGCAUUUGCGGGUGGGGAUUUGGAUGCCGAUGUAGCUGACCUGCUUGCCAACCAGGGCAAAUAG